AUGGCAACAACACAGCAAGAUUCCAUCACAGAGUAUCUAUCAGACCUUGCUCAGCCGCUCCGGCCGAUUUUGACUUCUUUAAAUGGCGACAACAGCUGGCUGAUGUCCUUUCCCAGACCAGAAGCAGAACAAGCUUCAACUGGGAAAGUCUUCUACCAUGUGGCUUUCGAGCCAUGGCUUAAGGGUCCUGCGGAUGUCAUUAGCUCGUGGCUUGUGCAUAUAAAGAUGGUCGAGAACCCUGGAGUUCCAACUUUCGAGAGCCUCGAGAAUGUCAUCCGGGAGAUCGAACAGGCUGCUGCCGUGCGCCUCCCAUCUUUUGAUAAAGGAGGCGCCACGCAACUGAGUUCUGACAGUCCACUUGACGCUAUCCUUCUUGGGUUCUAUUACUCAGACCAUCUACACCCUCCGACACUGAAGUCAUUCCCUCCGGAGAUUCCCGUCAUCACGACACCUCCAGGGGCUGAAAUUAUUGAGACUUGGAAUCAUUUCAAAACGAUCCGGAUCAUCAACAACUUGAACCCCUCAGCAACGUCAUGGCAGACUCCAGACCUCCAUCCAGGUGAACCACUUCCCAAAUGGCUGACACCAGUCUUCUUGCCUGGUGCAAAGAUUCUCAACUUUGUCUUCGCCAUUAUCUGGUCACAUACAGUCGACGGUCAAGAUGUCCACGAAGCCAUCUUGGACUCCCCCCAUGGUGUAAAUCUCGAAGAGAAGACACUCAACGCCUUCCUCGAAUCGGAGCCCAAGACGAGGAAGCUAGCUAUGCUGCACGGCUUGAAAGAGAGUCACACGGCUGGUAGCAUGACAACUUAUGGGGCUAAGGGAGGGCUUGGGCUACAUCGAAAGGUCGGUGGUGUUGACUAUUGGGUCGUCUCUCACUCUGCCCAGAUGGCGUACAGCGGAUUUAUUAUGAGAGCCUCGUGGACGAAUGAUACCCAUAGGUCAAUCGAGUGGGCACUUGAGGAGGAGAAAAAGAAUGAUCCCAGCUCUGACAAUUAUGAAAGGCCUAAUGUGGUCAAGGUUUUGAAUGGCGGGUCGAAAGUCUUGAUGUGUUAG